CUGGCACACAGCUGAGCCAAUGAGCUUCAAGAAGGGACAUGACGUUCUGAUGGCGUUCUGUUGUGGAAGUCGGUAGAAGUCGUUCAGGCUCGCGUCUUUUUAUUGCCGGGUUGGUGUAUCCUUAGAGACACGGUGGACUCUGUUUUCAGCAAGAGGAUCUCUGGUUGAAUUACAUCCCAGCCAUGCUUUCAGUGUCAGUAAGAGACCUGAUGCAGAUGUGGAUGCUGUUUCUGUGGUGUACAUCAUGCAACUGUGGACCAGAUCCCAGGAAGCGGGAAUCUCUGAUAAGGCUGGAGGCGUCUAGACGGACAGGAGGCAACGUAACACUGAACGAGAGAGAAAAACUGCUUGACGAAAAGCUUCAGGAACUGAAGCGGUAUGAUAUGGAAGCAAGACCGUUCCCACCGUCCAUCCAUUUCUUCAAGGCAAAACAUGUCAUUGAUCAAAGUCCGGUCUUUAGUUUGCUUCAGAAGAUGCCUAAAGGUGCGGCUCUGCAUGUUCAUGACUUUGCUAUGGUAAGCGUGGAUUGGCUGGUGAAGAACGUGACCUACAGAGAGAACUGCUACGUGUGUUUCACAGACGAGCAGAUCGUGCAGUUUAUCUUCUCCUCUGGACAGCCUGCGUCUCGUCCACGCUGCUCCUCAUGGAUUUUGCUCAGAUCCCUCAGGGAGAAGAUUAAAAACAGCACUGAUUUGGACAACAGUUUCAUUCGAAAUCUCACGCUCUUCACCGAGGACCCAGACAGAGCCUAUCCUAGCCAAGAUACUGUGUGGAAGAGAUUUGAGCAGGCUUUCUUAGUGGCCUAUGGGCUGGUCACUUAUGCACCCGUGUUCAAAGACUACCUCUAUGAAGGUCUCAGACAGUUUUAUGAGGACAAUAUCAUGUAUGUGGAAAUCAGGGCACUGCUGCCAUUGACAUAUGAGCUAGAUGGCAGACUUAAUAAUAAGGACUGGAGCAUGAGGGCCUGCCAAGACGUUGUGAAAAGAUUUACAGCAAACUACCAAGAUUUCUUUGGCGCUCGGGUGAUUUUUACAGUCCACAGGGGUAUAAAUGCAACUGAGGCGGUGAAGACAGUAGAGGAAGCGAUGACUCUACAGAGGAACUUUCCAGAUAUCAUGGCAGGCUUUGACUUUGUUGGACAAGAAGACCUUGGAAGACCUCUAUGGUACUUCAAGGACGCUUUGAGUCUACCUGAAGACAGGGGUGUUAACCUGCCCUACUUUUUCCACGCAGGAGAGACAGAUUUGCAGGGAACAGAUGUCGAUCAGAACCUCAUGGAUGCUCUUCUAUUCAACACCACACGUAUAGGUCACGGCUUUGCUUUGGCACGUCAUCCUGUAGUUAAAGAGAUGUCUAGAAAGAUGAAUGUACCACUUGAAGUCUGUCCAAUCUCAAAUCAGGUGUUGAAACUGGUCGCAGACCUGCGGGACCACCCAGUGGCGGUGCUGAUGGCCGAGGGUCACCCUGUAGUGAUCAGCUCUGAUGAUCCAGCUCUAUUUGGGGCCACUGCUCUUUCACAUGAUUUCUAUGAAGCCUUCAUGGGCUUUGGAGGAAUGAGCUUUAAUUUAGGUACACUGAAAGAGCUGGUCAUAAACUCCCUCAGGUACAGCUCAUUGCCAAGUCAAAAUAAGAAAAAGGCUAUUGAGGUAUUGCUGAUAAAAUGGGACAAGUUUGUUUCUGAAAGUUUACUGUAGACUCCUUCAACAGGUGGUCUCUAAAUCAGGAUGUUUUAAACAUGCUCUAAGGGCAUUUUUUACAAGAUGUUUUCCCUUUUAUGUUCGUCAUAUUGGUGAACAUACUAGGGUGUGAAUUCUGCAGUUUAGCUGUUACUUGAUGUGAAAAACUGAAUGUAUGAUCUUGAACUGGCCUGUGCUGCCAUCUGGUGCCAAAUCGGUGUACUUAUUAUCUUGACUUCCAACAAAACAAAAUGGAGGACUCCAGUCCAGAGCCUGACCCUUCAUACUGAUGACAGCAGUUUUGUGAAUGCUAAUCAAGAUUUUAUAUUUUUAUAUUUUUAUGACAGCGAAGUCACACAACAUGUAGGUGUUACCAAGUAGAUUAAAAUAAAUUUAAAAUAAUUCAGUCGAGACAGCUGAUAAAAACAUUACAAUAAUCCACAAUAAAUCCAGUGAAGCAAAAACUGCAUAUUUAUAUAUCACAAGUUUACAAGAGUUGUGUAUUAUAGUGAUGUUUUUGUCAGCUGUUCAGACUCUCAUUCAUUUAUUUACUGCAGAGGAUCUACUGGUGAGCAAGUCAUUUAAUGCUAAACCGAGCCUGAUCCAAUGAAAGAACAAACUAUUUUCAGGGGGUGUCCUAUUUUUAUUUAACCUUUUUAGGCUGACGUAAGUUACCUGAUUCCAGUUGUUUAUGAAUAUGCAACUUAUUUUGUUUACAACAUGAAUGUUAAAAAAAAAUCCAUACGAUGUUCACCAUCUUUACUGACCCAAUAAAAAGUGUGCAGCUUUCCAAAACA